ACCAGGACGGCGAAGGGGACCUAGUAGAUUAGAAUGGAUAACAUCACCAAUCUGACGAUUGUGGAAACGCUAUAUCUUCUUGUUUGAGCUCGUGGUCGUGUGGUGCAGCACUCAUGGAAGGAGCCAUCUCCAGCCGGCCAAACAAGAGGAUCGCCGUCGUCACCGGCGGGAACAAGGGGAUCGGCUUCGAGGUGUGCCGACAACUAGCCAGGGAUGGAGGAGUCACGGUCGUUCUGACAGCUCGGGACGAGACGAGGGGCGCGGGGGCGGCCGAGAAGCUCAGACCGCUGGGGGUCACCGACGUCGUCUUCCAUCAGCUGGACAUCACAGACGCUUCGAGCAUUGCUACGUUAGUCGAUUUCCUCGAGGCCCGUUUCGGGAAGCUGGACAUCCUGGUCAAUAAUGCCGGCGUUGGUGGGGUUGAGUACCCCCAAGAACUCGAUGCCAACGACGAGAAGUUCGCCGGCCUCGACUCCAACCAGAGACUUGAAUGGAUGGUGAAGAAUGUCCGGGAGCCCAUCGACGCCGCAAGGAAAGCCGUGGAGACAAACUACUAUGGCACCAAGCAUGUAAUCCAGGCCCUGCUGCCUCUGCUGCUGCAAUCUUCCUCCCAGGGAAGGAUAGUGAAUGUCUCCUCCGAAUAUGGACUGCUAAGGCUUAUUAGGAACGAGGAGGUGAGGCGGGACCUCAACGAUAUCCACAACCUGACAGAGGAGAGGCUAGACGAGGUGCUGGACAAGUUCUUGCAAGACUUCGAGGCCGAUGCGCUCGAGGCGCACGGGUGGCCCACGGGGUUCUCGGCAUACAAGGUGGCCAUGGCCGCCACCAACGCCUACACGAGGAUCUUGGCCAGGAGGCACCCCACGCUGCGCGUCAACUGCGCGCAUCCGGGCUAUGUCAAGACAGACAUGAGCAUGGGCUCAGGUGUCCUGACGCCCGAGGAGGGAGCACGCGGCGUGGUGAAGGUGGCGCUGCUGCUGGACGGUGGCCCAACCGGCAAGUACUUCACCAAAGGCGAGGAGGCGUCGUUCGUGUGAGGUGCUGGCUGGCGGUCGUGAGCUAGCUCGCCAGUUCGUCCGCCGUGCACUGUCCGGUUUGAGAUUGAGAAUAACAGACGGGAUUUGCCAUUUCCUUUAAAUGAAUAAUAAGCUGAUGCA